AUGGCGACCACAGCCCCCAGACAAUUCAAUUCAAAAUCCCCCACCAUCCGUCGCAUCCUCCGCGAGGCCCACGAACUCGCCACCUCCCCCUCACCCGACUACCACGCCUCACCCCUCGAAACUGACCUCUUCGAAUGGCACUUCACCCUCCGCGGCCCCCCCAACUCUCCGUUCGAAGAAGGCAUCUACCAUGGCCGCAUCUCCCUCCCGCCCACCUACCCUUACCGCCCGCCCUCCUUCCGCUUUUUAACUCCAUCCGGCCGCUUUGAAACCAACCGUGAGAUAUGCCUCAGCAUUUCAGGACAUCACGAAGAGACAUGGCAGCCGGCGUGGGGCGUGCGUACGGCGUUGGUCGCGUUGCGGAGUUUCAUGGAGACGGAUGCGAAGGGGCAGUUGGGCGGGUUGGAGGCUGGGGAAGAAGUCAGGAGGAGGUUAGCGAAAGAGAGCAGGACGUGGCGGUGUGGGGUUUGUGGUGGGGGAAAGACGAACGGGGAGAUUUUAGAGGAGUGGGAAGAGAAAGUCAGAGAGUUGGAGAAAGAAGGGAAGGGGGCAGUGAAAGAGGAGAAGGUGCCGGAGGAGUUGAGGUUAGCGUGGAGAGAUGAGCUAGUGGGAGGGAAAAAAGGGGGGGAUAAGGAUGGGGAGAGUGAUGGGGAGAGUGCGCGGUUGGCAGAGGGCUUUGUGCAGACUGCGCCGGCGGAGAAGGAGACGACGGCGAUCGCUGCGCAACCAGCGACAGGUGGGCCACCUCGAGCUCAGACGACCAGCAGUAGCACUGCGCCGGUCACGACACAACCAGAGACGAGACCAUUGCCAGUCCAAACCCAACCGCAACCACAACAGCAACUCGCCAUGCAGCAGCCGCGAGCCGACGAAGAUAAUGUCACCCUCUGGCUCGACCGCCUGAUUGUUGCCGUUGCUGUUCUGCUAGUUGCCGUCAUCCUCAAGGUCCUGCUGGGCUGA